GAUUGGACUAUUGCGACGCCAGUCUGUCUGCUGCCAGUUCAUUGGUGGUUUAACGGGGGAUUAACGUGGAAACGCUCUGGUGCUUUACAAUGAACCCCAAUGGAGACUGAAGGAAAGACUAAAAGAACUCGUUCGUUUUCAAGAUUUUAGUUUAUUGAGAACAUGAAAUUAGAUUUCUGCUCGUAAUUUCAGAAAUCUGAAGUUCAUUUUUUCGAUAGUCUGAGAAACAAGUUGCGGACAAAACCUUGAAGUACACCUACAAGUGUUUUAAAUGAGGAAACCGUCUCAGGCUAACGUUAUGUAGCAGGCUAAUCUCAUUUAUCCAUUUGUGAACUCAGCUACCAUUUUACAUACUAUUACAAAUCCUACACAAAGGCAUGACCGAGUACAAGCUUGUGGUGGUCGGGGCAGGAGGUGUCGGGAAGAGUGCUCUCACCAUCCAGCUCAUCCAGAAUCACUUCGUAGAUGAAUAUGAUCCGACCAUUGAGGACUCGUACAGAAAACAGGUGGUGAUUGAUGGAGAAACCUGUCUCUUGGACAUCCUGGACACUGCAGGUCAGGAGGAGUACAGUGCUAUGAGGGAUCAGUAUAUGAGGACGGGAGAGGGUUUCCUCUGUGUGUUUGCCAUCAACAACACCAAGUCUUUCGAGGACGUUCACCUCUACAGGGAGCAGAUCAAUAGGGUGAAAGACAGUGACAGUGUUCCCAUGGUGCUGGUGGGGAAUAAGAGCGACCUGAGUGCCCGCACGGUGGAGUCACGGCAGGCACAGGAGCUGGCACGAAGUUAUGGAGUACCGUUUGUUGAGACCUCUGCCAAAACCAGACAGGGUGUGGAGGAAGCUUUUUAUUCACUAGUACGUGAAAUUAGGAAAUAUAAGGAGACCAACCGCAGCAACAAGAAGAGCAAGAAGAACACUCAAAGACGUUGCAUAAUACUAUAGCAAACCUAGCAUUCCUUACAGCACUUGUUUCAUGCACCCCACCUUCACACACUGCACCUCCUCUGUCACGAUGGAGACAUUCGGCACAGCUCUGGAGGGGGCAGAUGUGGCAGAAUCCAUUUUUACUGUUGCCACAUUUUCCACUUAAAAGAUUUCCCAUUUAUUCAUCCACUGUGCAGGGCCAAUUUAAUGCAGAAUUCAGCUGGGUUUUUUCAUUUUUACAGUUUAAAAUAGCAUUCCCGUUUUGUUUUUUUUCUGAGACCAAGAAUUUGUGAACAUAAUUUUCUAAGUGUAUUUUGUCUGGCCAUUUUUUUUUCUUUCUUGCAGACAUUUCAGCUCCUGAUGACUACUUAGAGGUCAAGUGUUCACAGUGUGUUCACAAAGUGUCAAAAAAAUCUCCAAAAUUAUAUAAGGACUGAUACUGUCAAACAUUUUACCUCCAGAUCGUUGGUCGAAAUGUUUAUAAGAACAGUAUCCCCCCCCCUCCCACCCCCAAACAGUUUAGUGUAUCCUUUGGGGCUUGAACCACAACAGCAAUAUGUCUUUUAAUUUUUCUCAAGGACCACUUUUCAAUGAAAAUACUGUAUUACGGUAGGAUUGCUAUCUUAUCAAAGCCUCAAAAUUGUGUUCCAGACUCUUGGGUGCACUUUAUUAAUUUCCUAUUCUGUUUUUUUAUUGUAGAAUUAAGGAUUAGUUAGUGUCAUUUUAAAAAUUUACUCAGGAAUAUAGUGUUUAUCAGGAACUGAGGAAUAACAAACUGAGAGCUGUGUCAAAUGAUUGGUUGAGAAAUUGAUGCCAGUGUCCCAUCAUAUCUCACCAUCACUGACUUAAUAUUUGAAGUGUCAGCCCUGCUGUUUGCUCCACACAGUUGCACUGUAUUCCAAAGUCCAUUUUUAAUGCAAUUUUAUGUGAAUCCCAGUGUUAAAGGUGGUUGCAGUUAAGUCCAAGUACUGUUUACGCUACACAACAUUAUAUCAGAGCAUGUAGCAUGUGCAGAUAUUCAUGUGGUACUACUUAUGUUUAAACCACACUGAUGCUGAAACCAGUGUGAGGAAGUCUCCCGAGCCCAAAUACAGCAACAGGCACAGCAACAGUUGCAUUAUGUGGACAUACUUGAUGCUGGAUGAUAAGGAUAUUCAAUAGAGCAUCAGUUGUUGUUUGGUUUUUUUUUUUCUUUUUUUAUAGCACUGUUUCUUCUUUGAUAAUUACUGCCACCCUAAAUGUAACUGUUAAAUUUUUAUUUUUGUAGCAUUACAGCUUUCCCCAAUUUAAACAUUAACAUCUGCAUUAACAAACUGCUGUCCAAGUCCUAUCAAAGUUCAAUGAACUAAUGUCAACAAACAGAAGUGAAUCCAUCUCUUCCUGCUUUGCUUUGGUGUUAAACCAGCAGUCUCAUUAUUUUGACUUAAUGUAAUUCCAUUGUUAAAAUUUUGAGUAACUCAAAAAACCUGAUUUGAUUUGAACAAGCCACUCACUGACAGCUAUGUGAAAUGUUCAAUGCACUCGGCUGUAAUGAACGAGUAAAUGUCUUUAGCUUUUA